AUGCAAUUCUCCACCAUCACCAUCACCUUCCCCAUCCUCGCCCUCUUCCUCACCAACACCCUCGCCAUGCCCUCGAGCCCCAACACCAACAUCCUUGAUUCUCGCAGCAACAGCUGCUACGAAGACACCGCCUGCAAUUGCGGCGUCAUCAACACUGUCUGUAACGGAGGCAGUGUAGUCGGACAAACCAGAUGUCGUUGUCCCGGACAAGACGGACGAUGCGAUGUGGUUAUGUGUAAAGAUUAUGCUCUUAACCAAGUGAUGGUUUGCGGUCAAUCAGGUACCGGAUGUAUUUACAUUUAA